UUUAAAAUUAGGUUAGAGCAAAUAGAAGUUGAUGGGUUUCUUUCCUUUAAAAUCUAAUGAAAAAGUUUUGUCUGGAAGAAACAAAUAUAAUUGUAUAUUUCAAAUUCAAUUAGCUUGACAAAGUAAAAAAAUUGGACUUGAAUUUGUAAUUCAAUCAUUGUUAUUUGUCGAAGAAUGCCAUGACCUCCGUAUUAUUUACUUUAAAAAGUUUUGUUUAUCGUAUUCUGAAUAUGUUUGGCUUUGGUCAGAAAUCCAUUACGGACAGUCUAAAUAUAUUCAUCAAAACGAAUACAGGAAGUACCGUUUCAGUCAAUUUGGAUCGAAUGUGGGAUAUACGAGAGGUGAAACAAAUGGUAGCCCCACAAUUGGGACUAGAGCCAAAAGAAUUUAAAAUAAUUUUUGCUGGUAAAGAAUUGAAAGAUACGAUUACUCUGGCUGAAUGUAAUUUGGGUCAAAGGAGUACUCUUCAUGCAGUUAAAAUUAAAAAGAAAAUAGAAACGACUAAAGUGGGUGUAAUUGAGGAAGAGGAUAGCGGUUCUAAACCUUUAAAUGAAACUCUUCAAGACACAUCUUUCUAUGAUCUUGAAGAGGAUAAAAAACAUGAAGAUAAUUCUGAAGGAAAGGUUCACUUUUACGUCUACUGCCCAACUUGCAAAUCGCUAAAAAAUGGAAAGCUGAGAGUUAUUUGUGAAAUAUGUAAAAGUGGUGCCUUUACAGUUUAUGAAGAUCCUCAAAACUGGGAUGAUGUUCUGAAACCUAAGCAGAUACUUGGUUAUUGUGAGAAUGAAUUCUGUGAAUCUAAGAAGAUGUCUGAGAAUGAAGAAUUCACUUUUGCUGAAUUUUUUUUCAAAUGUUGCGAACAUACAUCUUUGGGAGAAAAUGAUAGAACAGUUCCAUUACAUUUGAUCAAAACAAAUUUGAAAGAUAUUCCGUGUUUAUCUUGUGCCGAUGUUUGUAAUCCUGUACUAGUGUUCCCUUGCAAGGAUCGUCAUGUCAUUUGUAUUGACUGCUUCAAGCAGUAUUGCACUGUAAGACUAUCCGAAAGACAGUUUUGGCAACAUCCUGAGCAUGGUUAUACUUUAUCAUGUCCUAUAGGAUGUGCAGAUUCAUUUAUUGAGGAAUUGCAUCACUUUAGAUUAUUAUCAGAAACCCAGUAUGCUCAGUAUCAAAAAUUUGCUACUGAAGAAUUCGUCUUGAGAUCAGGGGGUGUUUUGUGCCCACAACCUGGAUGUGGCAUGGGAAUUUUGAUAGAUGAGGGAUGUAAAAAAAUUAGCUGCUUGCAUGGCUGUGGUUAUGUAUUCUGCCGGGAUUGUUUGCAAGGAUACCAUAUAGGAGAAUGUCAAACCAAUGAUGAAACUACAGACUCUGCCAGUUGUCUUUAUAGUGUAGACCCCACUAAAGCUUCCAGUGCUAGAUGGGAUGAAGCUUCCAAGAUUGCAAUCAGAGUACUAACAAAACCUUGUCCUAAAUGCAGAACACCUACUGAAAGAGACGGAGGUUGUAUGCAUAUGGUUUGCAGUCGGGCUGGAUGCGAAUAUCAUUGGUGUUGGGUUUGCCAAGGACCAUGGACAAGAGAAUGCAUGGGUAACCAUUGGUUCGGAUAGAAUAUAUCUGUUCUCUGUUGUGUUUGUUUUGACCUGUUUUCAAUAAAUAUUUGUUGAUUUUU